AUGAACAAAAGUGCAACAAGUAUCAAAGGAUUGGUCAUAGCAUCAACAAAGAAUGCUGCAUUCAACACGAUUAACGUGGAAAGAAUCUCUAAAACGAUCUCCAAUGAAAGGAAAACUUCUCCUAGUAAUAUGGCAGCAAUACGUGAUUGCAUCGAGCUUUAUAAAGAAGCAAAUAGUUCUUUAAACAAAGUUUUAACGAACUCUCUUGAUUCGAAUCCUCAUAGCAAAAGUGCAACAAGUAUCAAAGGAUUGGUCAUAGCAUCAACAAAGAAUGCUGCAUUCAACACGAUUAACGUGGAAAGAAUCGCUAAAACGAUCCUCAAUGAAAGGAAAACUUCUCCAGGUAAUAAGGCACCAUUACGUGAUUGCAUCGAGCUUUAUAAAGAUGCAAAUAGUUCUCUAAACAAAGCAUUAACGAACAAUAAAACAGUCCACAAGUUUUAUUAA